AUGGAGCAAAGGUUUCCGGAAACGGGCAAUGAGAUGGGGAUUGAGUGCGCACACCCUGCAGUGCCGCCGGGAGAAGCGUUUGCUUCGAUUUCCACACCCUAUCGGGGCUCGUCUCCCAGCACAGCACAGCACACCCCGCUGUCUGUUGUCAACGUUGCAGAUGAGGAGGCUGGAGCACAACAGUGGGACAUUCAACCGAAGGCUGCCAAAAGAAGUAAGCUCAGCGGCGAUGCAGCAGGACUCAAGGCCCCGGCCGGGGAUCUCUCCAGCGGGAAGAUGUGUGCAAUGGGGCUCAACACUGCUAUGACCAUAGUGAACGGCGUCAUCGGCGCCGGCAUGCUAGCGCUGGGAGACACAUUUUACAGUAUGGGCCUGAUCGGCGCGACAAUCAUUCUCAUAGGAUCUGCUGUUAUAAUUUACUUUAGCUUUAUAGCCAUCAACGAGGCUGUAUACUACACAAAAAGUAGAACAUUUAGGGAACUAUUUAUUUUUAUUUUCGGGCCAGUCUUUGCGACCAUCAUCGACGUCGCUAACACCCUUAUUCUAUCGUCUUAUCUGAUUGGAUACAUCGUCAUCGCCUCUCAGUACUCACUCGGGUUCAUAACGUCGUUUGGAGGCCAAAUAGGGUACGACUACGACACGUGUUAUGCAAGGAAGUAUGCUCCGCAAUGUCACCAACACUACAUAGCGGUUGUAAUUGUUACCAUUAUAAUAGUGCCGUUAAUAUGCUUCCGUGGCCUGAACUUUCUGAACUAUGUUAGCAUUGUCGCCACCAUCAUGGUCCUCUUCACCACGGUGACCCUAGUUGUGCUACUUUGUAGUCAUGUGAAGAGUAGGACCCCUGUUAUAGGAACUGAAAAGUGUUUGAUACACGUAAAACCCUACCCGCCGAGUUCUCUACACUUUAUGAUAUAUGCUGCGUUCCCUAUUACACUGUAUUUGGUCCACUCCUCUAUCCCUCCAAUGUUUGCAGAGAUGCGCGGCCAAUCGAUGACAGCGCGCAAAAGGAUUAUGGAGCUUGCAAUCAUGAUAUCCGUACCUAUAACCACAAUCAUAAACCUGGUUAUGGGAAUUGUUGGCAGCACUAUGUUUACCAGGCCAAAGGACAACAUUCUAAACACAUUUAAGCCUGGGAACGAAGAAAAAAUCAUUUCUGCCAUCCGAGUGGCGAUGUCAUGCGUUGUCAUCGUCUCGUAUCCCAUCAUCCUUCUCCCUGUCCGGGCCUCCAUAAUGCGGUGGAUUCCAUACAACAAGAUGAACGGGAGAACAGACACAAUUGUAUUUUACUCCGUUGGCUUUGGUGUAACAUUGCUGUGCAUGGGCGUAGCCAUGUUAUACCCCAACAUCGGAGAGAUAUUUAACUAUGCAGCAUCGAUCUUCGGCAUUUUCGUGACGUGGAUCGCACCCCUCAUGGUCAUCAUGUACAUGCCGCGGAUUCGCGCCAUGGGAAAGCCUACAGAAGACUUCGACGACAGGGACGUCAAGAACCUUAAUGCUACAGGGACAGAGCUCACCGAGAUGACCGUGACCUGCAAUGAGUCAUCGUACAUGGCGAAUAGUUCUACAGUCGACGCCGCGCCUGAGAAGUCGUCUUCUAAGGGCAAACAGACCAGUCUCAGGAAACGUAUUCGCAAGGGCCCUGGAAGGAGACGGCUUCCAGACAUUGCGCUGCCCAAGUGGCGAUAUGCCGUGUUCGGUACCUGCAUGGCCCUCGCCACAAUCUAUAACCUAUCGUCUUUCAUUAUAAACAUACUGAACUUGGCACCAGAAGUAGAAGAAAAAUGUCCAAAUGGCAGUGAGUAUCAUCCUAAUCAAUCUAACUGA